AUGGUUUUCGGGCUGCUGCGCCGGGCGAAAAAGGGCGCCAUUGGCGAGCCUUCCGCCGACAACAAGCAAGCUGUGCAACAGGCCCUUAAGAUGGGCAACGAAGCCAUACGCGACAUGAACAAGCGUAUGACCCACUUAGACGAGAGGAUCAAGGAAUGCGUCGAGGAAGCAAAGCGUAAACACGCCAACAAUGAUAAGCAGGGCGCUUUGGGCGCCCUGCGCCGCAAGAAGCUCUAUGAGGAGGAGGUUGCCAGGAUCUCCGCCUCGAUAAUGACCCUCGAGUCACAGAAUAUAACGCUUGAGGGCGCACAAAUGCAGCAACUGGCUCUAAGCGCUCUUUCCACCGGAGUGACGGCGCACAAAAAGCUGCAGCAGCACAUGGCCACCAGGGAGGUGGACGAGCUGAUGGAACAGCUGGAGGAACAGAGGGACGCACAAGCGGAGAUCCACGACGCGAUGACCCAGGGCCUGUCGCUUCCGACAGAGUUCGAGGACGAGCUGGAGGCGCUCAUCCAGGAAGAAAAGAUGAAAGAGGCGGCCGAGUCACAGCAGCUCGAAGAAAUCGCAACCGAGCCCGCCGAGAGGCCCACGGUACAACCAGCGCAGCCCGUCGCCACCGCCCCCCUUCCUCAGGCCACGGAGCGCGCCAAAACGGAGGAACCCAUCGCACAGUGA